AUGCCUCUAUUGGUAGCCCUAGUUGUUGUUGUUGUAAAGAUUGGCUUUCUGGGUCGGCUCGACAUGGCCAAGAACGUUGCUUUUUUGUUCAACUCCUUGGCCCUGUCCUUCUAUCAGUUCACAUUGUCCUCGUCGGCGACGAUAGUUGAUGAGGUUAGGUUGGCUGUGUUGGAUCGUGACCGCAGCUCCGAACUGACUCUUUUUCGAGGAGUGGGUGGAGAGAGAAAACUCUGUAGUGUUGGUCAAUUGGUAUUGGUGUUGAAGAUAUAUAUUGUUUUCAACAUUAUCAGUAAGGAGCUAGAUAUAGAAGCACAAAAUUUUGUUGCAAAAAACAUCAGCUUUGUGAAUACCGCGGGAGCCAAUGCCGGACAAGCAGUUGCUUUGAGGAGUAUAGCCUCAAAUGAUGCACACUAUAAGUGUUCCUUCGAAGGAUACCAGUACACCUUGUACGUGCGUUCCGGCACAAAACUUUUCUACGAAUGCAACAUGACUUCAUCUUCGGCGACACAACCAGCAUGUUCCAGAACUGCAACAUAUACGGGAGAAAUCCCGGGAAGGAAGGAAAGUCCAUUGUUGUUACAGCUGACAGAAGGGAUACCGCAAAUAGUGACACUGGGAUAGUGAUUCAGACUUGCACCAUCACAGCGGCACCAAAUUUCGGACCAUCAAAUUCUGAUUUCAGAGCAUUUCUUGGACGCCCAUGGCGAGAGUAUUCUAGGGUAGUAGUAAUGGAAUCUUUCUUAGGAAAUAUCGUAAAUCCUGCUGGCUGGGCAUUGUGGGACAAUAACUCCAGAUUGGAUCAUUUGAGCUACAUUGAAUAUGACAACAGGGGUCCCGGAGCUGCAACUAGGGGCCGGGUAAAAUGGCCGGGUUUUCAAAUUGUAACCAGCUCCAGUCGAAUGCUACAGUUUACGGCUAAAAACUUCAUCAAUGCAAAUGACUGGUUACCUUCAACUGGUGUACCUUUCAUUCCCGGACUCGCUGGAGGUCAAACUAAUGUAAUAUCUAUUGUUUUAUCACCCAACACACACAUCCAUUGCAAUUGCUUUUUUUUAAGAAAAGAAAAAACUUUGAUCUUUUUCUUGAAACUGGUUUUUUUUUUUUU